CCGAACAGAAACUUGUCGCAGAACGGAUCCUGCUCAAGCAGCAGCAUGUAGGCACCACUACUUAUACCAUUAAAAUUCUUCUUAGUGUACUCGUACACACGAGGGAAGUCAACGUGCAUCAGCAUACGAUCUCCACCAGUAAAAUACUCAGUGGUGGUUUUAAACAUCUAAGGGACCAAUAGGAGACAAGUCUGAUUUCCCCCUCUUUCUUCGGACUGGGAUUUGGAGCAGUUAAAUGUUGAAGUUUCGGGGCCGUGGCGCCUGUUUGCGUACCCCCUAAAGAACUUUAAGUUUGUCAAAAGAGGAGUGUAUGCCUGAUGUGAACUAAGCAGUCUGUUGGAGGGCAAAGUAGAGGGGCACGUAGGUCUUUAUUUGCCAAAUGAUGUCUGUUGCUGAUCCCCGGGAGGGAAUCGGAAACUGAUCAAAUGCUUUUUACCGCUGUUCAUUAUUGACUGACUCACUUCCAUCGAAAGGACAUUUGGAAGCGUCCAACCAUAGUUUAACCUGUCAUUACGGUUGUGAGUUGUUCAGACUACAAGCAUCCUUCUCUUUCUCGGAUAUGGCACUCCGAAAAAUCACGUGAACAUUUCUUGCUUCCAUAGACCUUGAACAUAAUCUUUAUUUCACUCGCUCAAAUGCGCUUUAUUAGCCGUAAUGAAUCGUAUAAAAGGUUACCAAAUAAGAUGCUCCGCAGCACUGCAUCGCUAGCAGCCUUAGGGAACAGCAGUCGCCUCUUAGCCCUCCUCCUCAACCACGUUUAAGGUUUUAAAAGUACACUUCUCGGUCCUCCUAUUUGUUGAACUUACCUUUUCGCUUUUAUAUCGAAGCACUCUGGUAAUGUUUCUCCAGCGACGGCUUGAUUGGUGGCAUAAAAACCGAUUUGCUCGAUUUCGGGCCUGGUAAUGAGCACACUAUCCACAAAUCUCGGAGCUGAUAGCUGAAAGUGGAGGAGAACUGACGUUAGUGAUAAGAGCACGCCUGGUGCAUUUAGUGGUUGACAAGAUCAUGAAAAGUGCACCGGAACAGCCGAGAAGUCGUACGAUGGCUGGGAUUUAACUAUACAUGAGCUGGAAUGAUCGUGUCUCAGCUCACCCCUGGCGCAAAUACCAAGUGAGAUUUUUCGCGCCUUUUCCCGUGAUUUUUCACAAACCAAUUGAAGAUUGUGAUUAACCGAAUCAGUUUAUUUUGGGACAGUGACGGCAGUGACGUGCAAGAUACUUCUCGCCUGAAUAGAGAUGCAAACGCACCGAACAAUAUUAUUUUGACUGAUAUUUAGUAAUAUUGAGCACCUAAAAAAUGUUAUUUAUUUAGUGAUGUUAUUGCCAUGUCUACAGUGACAAAAUAACCAGAGGAAAAAACAAGGAAAAUUGUACUUUCUGUUCCAUUGUUACUGAACGAAACAAUGGACUUUCACCUUCGUAAUCAAUAUUAUUAGGCAACUUUGGAUUAAUUACAAGAAAUAAUUUCGGACCGUGUAACUCGACGUCUUUAACGAAGCAGUUGUGAUUGACUAUCCAUUUUCUCAUGCAUAUAGAGCAAACAUAUCGCAGACAAGACGACGAAACAUUUAGAACGACAAAAGGCACUCUGUCAAUAUUUCUUCUUCUUCUUUUGAGACUCUCCCUGUGAUUCUACUGAUAGAGUCAGAUAUAGUACUACAUUUUAAUUCUAGCCACGCCAUCUUAGCGGGGGAAGCACGAUUCAGAAGGUGUUGCAAGCGAGAGAGUAAUCGAUGCCAAAUGACUUCGGAUGGGGAAUCUGACAGUGAUUAAAUAUGUUUUCCCCCAGAAAAAUUGUUAUCUGAGCAAACACGAUCGCUUUUAGCCGGACGACGUGAGCCGUUACACCUUCACCGGUUUCUUUCAGGAGUGGGACUAUUAGUGAUGAUUCUUUUCUUGCUUAUUUGCGUGGUGUCUCAGAGAUUGUGAAUGAUACUGUCUGAAUGAUUCCACUCUCCUUGGAAUGAACAUUGUGAGCAGAGGUGGCAUUAUCUGAAAAGUAUGUCAAUCUUGGAUUGUUAAUUGCUGAUUGUUAUUCUAAAAAAUAAUUCAAACAUGACAAAUACAUGAACUUAUAUUUUCAUAAAGAAUAUUGAUUCAUGCUCAAUUCUCUGAUCAGCACCACAUAAUGCACCCGACGCCCUAGCCACUUUGGCAUGAAGUAAGGGGUACGUAUUACAAGAUUAAGUCUGGAAGAAGCGUCAAUGUCCAGAAGGCAUUCCUAUUUUUAGAGUGACCGCACAGAAUGAUAUUAAUGUAUGAAGUGUCUGGUUUAACGAUAACCUAUGAAAUAUAGGUGCCUCAAAACAGUGCGUUGCCAUCAUGAUCAUUAUUUCACAAGUAGAGAGCUGAAUACUAAUUUUGGAAGCGUUUCAAAUCAUCGGGAGGGUGAAAUAAAUGUAUCAGAGGAUUUUGUGGUCAGCAAACAAGACGAUGGCAGGUACAACACCCGCGUCGUAUUUCUCCGACUACGACUCUAUUAUAUCCUCUCCAUCGAUUCUAAGCAACGAUUCGGCAAGUGAUAGCCUUAAUGGAUCUGACGCCUCGCCGCAGCCUUAUCCACCGAGUGGUUACGGCUUGACUCGGAUACUUAUCUGCUCCUUCAUGGCCUUAAUAGUCAUCAUCCUCAUUGUUAUUGGUAAUAUUAUGGUGUGCAUUGCAGUCUUCAAGGAGAGAUCCCUCCAGGCUGUUCAGAACUGGUUCCUGGUGUCGCUGGCCGCUAGUGACCUAAUGGUUGGGGUCCUCAUCAUGCCGCUUGGUGUUGUGAAUGAAAUGCUCGGACAUUGGAUCUUUGGUAACCACGUUUGUCUUCUAUGGCUUGUCCUCGACGUCUUAGCCUGUACAGCUUCUAUUCUCAAUCUAUGUUUGAUAUCUAUCGAUCGUUAUUGUUCCAUAACAAGACCGAUAAAGCACGCAGAAUGGCGGCAACCUUGUAGGAUUCGCUCGAUGAUACUAGUGGUGUGGAUGUUGUCAAUGAUCAUCUCAGUGCCACCACUCUUUGGUUGGAGAUCCGAAAUCAAAAUGGGUGACAAUGGUUAUUACAAAUGUGUUAUUAGCGAGGAUAUUGGUUAUAUCCUCUAUUCAACUAUGGGCUCGUUUUAUAUUCCAGCGUUUAUCAUGGUGAUAGUAUAUUGGAAAAUUUGGUUGGCAGCUAAAAGGAGAGCUCGUUCAGCGGUUCGAAAAUCGAAACGCACCAAUGGUAAGAACAUGAUAGCGUCCGAAUGUAUAUCUGUAGACGAUCGGACAAAUUUCGAUGGAAAAACAUACGCAAUGAUACACAAAACGGACCCCGAUAUACAAAUGGCUACUUUGCAAGUAAACCACGAGCACAUAGCGAGACCUGUCCCUUCGGCGUGUGGAACAAGCAGUAGUAACCCGGACGGGGAUAGUACGCAUGACCGGAUACCACAUUCCCCGUCGGACAACACUCUACAUCCGCCGUCGAUAACGACUUCGACGUCGCUUCUUCCACCAGGGGCGAGAAUGAGCGACAAUCAUCUCAGGCCUGAUACUCCGCAGAUGCAGCAUCGACCAUCUCGCAUUGACCCGCAUGAGAUCGAGAAACAGAAAAGACGGUUGGCACAGAGCCGCGAUCGAAGAGCCACUAUAGUUCUAGGAGUCAUCAUGGGGACGUUCCUCGCUUGCUGGUACCCGUUCUUCCAACUUUACGUCAUAUCCGCUCUAUGUGGACCAGCGUGUAAAAUACCACGAUUACUCUUCGAUUUCUUUUUCUGGAUAGGAUACUGCAACAGUGCCUUGAACCCAAUCAUCUACACCAUCUUUAACCGCGAUUUUAGGAGAGCUUUUAAGAAGAUUCUUGGUUUUCGCAAACGCCCCAAAAAACGAUGAUAAUUCCAGGGAGGUAUAUCUAGAAACGCAUACGACAGAGUUUGUUUUGCAAUUUCUUUACUUAAGGAAUUGGAGUUGGAAAAAGACUUGCAGUCUUACUUAAUGUUGGUGCGUAUUUCAGUUAUCGAGGGUAUUUCUGGGAACUAAUUUCACUAACUUGUGUCAGACUCCAGUGAAUAGACAUAAACUAUGACAUCAGUGACUGAAUUUGGAGAUAAUAGCGAACACUACACAGUGACCCCAGAGGACUGAAUCCUCGGAUUUAUUUCACCGUCAUCUUUGUUCCUUACUAAUUAUUUUGUUUAUUUCUGAAUCUGAAUCUAUUCAGUAUAUCGCUGCACCCAUUGUGGAGCAAACCCCUGAAUAGUUUGAAUGCAGCAUUUUUUGUAAAAUAGAGUCGAAGUUUAAAAAAAAAAAUAUUGUACAUUAUGACAAAAUGAUAUAGAAAUAUUCAUUGAUUUUACAUACACGUUGAUAUGUCUCCUAACGCAACACUUUUUCUAGAUCAGAGAAAGCCAAAGAACACUUAAAUUGCUGUUAUAAAUCGAAUUGUUUGUAUAGAUGUUUAGUUUGUAAUUGGUUGACAGUUUAUUAAUUGUAAUGACUUCAAUCGCAGGAAAUGAAUGCACAGUGAACUAAAAAAAUGAUAAGAAUGAAACAUAAUUCUUCAUUCUUCUUCUAUUCCUGUAAUAAUCUUACAGUAAUGGUCUUUGAAUUAUUUUCUACGCUCUUUUACACUUGUUUUAAUCUUAAACCGAAAAUAAUCAUGAUAAUGCAAUAUUUAUAACUUGCUUUUUCUUUUAGGCUGAGUAUGCUAUGGUCCACCUGUGAAGGUGUCCGAUUCCAAAACAGCAAAUAAUCAGCUGAAGAAAAUGAUAAUGCUUUUUGGUGGUAAUAUCAUAUUUGGCAUGGUAUUGAGCCCAUAUUUUUUAUCCAUGUAGCAAUAGUUCCUGAAAGUAAAGUGCAAAUGGUAUGGAGAUAUAUUUUUAGGACAAUAAACAUGAAAGAGAUUGGGUAAGAUGAAAAAGGGGUGGGUCUUUCUACUAACAAGCGUAGGAUGGAAGAUAAAAGUAUUCCAAGCCAUCACGAAUUUAUUGGCGAAUAUAUAUAAUUUCCAACGUGAAUGCUCGGGGAAUGAAUAUAUUUCCGAAAGAACCAGUUCUUUCACUUCCUGAUUGAUAUACCUUUGAAAAACAAAACUGCGUUAACAUUGAUGAACGCAUUAUAUUAUCUCGAUUCUUGCUUGAGAUUAUUUCGAGUAUCUUUUUAAAAUUAUCAAUUACAAUUAAUAUUCGUUUCGACAUUCAACAGUUUGUGUUUAUAUGUGCCUCAUUGGUUUCAGUUUCAGUAUUAGAAAAAUGAUUAUGAAAAAAAUAUUGUUAAAGUAAAUUCUUCAGAAUCAAUUUUCUUGAAAGUGAAAUAAGUAAAUAAAGUGAAUUCCACAGUUUAAAAAAUAGUUUUUGAAUGAAAAAAUAAAGUAGUUGGAUGAAUUGUGAUGCAUUUCGCUUUCCAUCAAUAGAUUAAACGUAAUUUCGUUUAUCAAUAUGCUUUCUUAAAUACUGUUCAAAUACAGAACAAAGAGCAGUGAAGCACAUCUAAACACAAAUUGUUAAAGGCAUCAAGAGAAUACUAUUUAUAAUGAAUAGUUGACAAACAGUCAGAAUAACGUAAUACAAAAGAUCAAGAAACAGAACCUGUUAUAUCUAAAGGUCGGAAUUCAAAGCGUUAACAAUAGCAAUAUUGAUAAAUGAUAACAUUUUCAUUCUUAUUGAAGAGCCUGUUAAACAUGUUAAAACGAAUAAUUCUUUUUUUUGCACAUUUUCUAUCAUUAUUAACGAAAACUCAAAUUUUACAUUUUAGAUAUUUGUGAUAACUUUCAACCUCAUGAAAUGAAAAUAUAUAAUUAACUAGUUAUCACCUUUUAUCAAAUAUGGGUAAUAUGAUGAUUCCUCUCCUCCCAUAGAUGUCAUGAAAUGUUAUUUAAAACUCCCCACGCAACAACAAUUUUGCGUUCCCUUGAAAAAUUUGGCAGCCUUUCAUUAAAUGUGAUAAAUAGUUACAGUUUCGUAAUUUAAUUCUAUAUCUUAAAACAGAAAUGAUUUCUUUCGUUCUACUCUAUAUGUUUAAACAUAGACCUCGAGCUCGAUGCAGAAGGCAAGUACGACACACCAUGUGUCGCACACAUGUUGGUAUUUGUAAAUGCACGUUGUCAACACGAGCUGAUAUUUAAGUCGCCUCGAAAACAUGAUCCCUGAAUGUAUAAUGAGAUUUUAAUGGAUCUGCACGAUUCGUUUUCAAUUACCUGAACAUGAAGUAUGACUGCGUUUGAAUUAGACAGAUCGUGUAUGCUAUCAAAAUAUUACCAUAUUUCAUGUCGCGCAUCAUCUCUUUAACAGGAUUGAUCAUGAAUUUUUAUCAGACAAAUUAUCUGAAUUGUAAUAUUUCUUUUUUUAUUAAAAAAUUACCAUGUUUAUACUUUUUCAAAAAGCUAUUAGAUAUCUAAAAAAUGUUAACUUUACGUCUUUAAUCAGGAUUGAUCGAAUAUUCCAAUUAAAUCAUCUGAAUUGUAAUAUUUUUUUAUCAAUUGAAAAGAAGCACGGUUAUACUUGACAAAAUGUUGAUUGGAGUAUGUAAGUGAUAAAGUAUAAUAUAGCCAAUAAUAUCAGAAUGGGAAAAACUGUUAAACUUUCACAAGCAACUGUCAUUUCUAAGUACGAUUUGUUUUCAUUUGUCAUUUAGUGAUUUAGUGUCAAUAGUUCCCUCUUUUAACAUGGAUUUGAUGUGGGACUUUGGAAAUCUUAGAUAUACAUACUCUAUGUUGACCGUAAUCGCAUUUUGUCAGAUUUCAAAAAGUAAAGCCUCAGUGGUCGAUUAUUUCCUGUAUUUAUGUUACGAUAACAUAAUUCAAGCUGGACAGAGGUUGGCAUUAUGUGUGGUAGAAUAUAUUGAAUUGGCAAUGCGUUGUGUCAUGCUCUUGAAGAUCACUCCAUCCCCCUCUCCCACUUCAGAUAGGGGUAUUGAAAUGACAGAGAUACAAGACAGGAUAAGCACUGUUAGAAAUGACUUCAUAUCUAAUUAAGAUAGUUUAACCAAUAACUGUUAAAAGGGGAUAUUCUUAUUUCGUUUCAUGGUGUACUUUUCUUGUAUAACGUAUUCUUUUUUUUUUUUUGCAUGGUAUUUUAUUUUAAAGAAAUAUUUGUUCGGUUAAACAACUUUUGUCUUGGUAAAAAAAAUAUGAGAUUGUGGGUGUCGUUUAUUAUAAACUUCUUGAAUGUCAUGAUCUUCUUAUACGUUUCCAAUCACACUGAUGCUGUAUAGCACUCCUUACGACUUGUCUGCGACCCGAUUUGGUAAAAAAGAAAUUGUGUUAACUGGUUAUUGCAUAUAGAGUAAAGGAUUGUAUCGAAUGUGAUGAAUCUUCAUACGCAUUGACGUAGGUUGAAAUUCAUUAUUGUACUGCACCUUUAAAUUGUAUUUACAAUCGUUGCGUUGCAGUAGUAAUCAUUCAAUCUGCUACCAUUUUAAAGCAAAUUUUGCUUUUACUCCAAACUAAAUCGUUAUUAUUCAGAAUUUUGAUAUCAGUUUUUUAUCGGUUUGUCUGAAUCGAAAAUAAAACUGCCUUAUAUUAGUAUCUAUUUUUUAACAGAAAAUAUAUAUAAAAAAGCUUAUUCUUCUAACACCACACCCUACAAGUCGUUAACGGUCUCAUGAGUAGGAAUAUGCACUGUAAAAAAAGAAAGAGAUACGAAGAGCUAAUUUAGCUCUUAAAGAGCGUGUAUAGUGACUGCACUUCGGAGUGUUGAUUUUUCUCGUUCAAAUUUGAACUAGACAAAUCAGCGCUUCGAAGUGCAGUCACUCUACACGCUCUUUAAGAGCUAAAUUAGCUCUUCGUUUUUUAGAGUGUGAUAAGGUAUUAAUGAGGGUAAAAUUGACAGUACUACGACACAAAGAGUUUAACCAAUAUUGGGUUAGACAAAUACAUUAUACAUGUUCGGUAUUUAAGCAAUAACACAUAUACAUUCAAAGCAUGGAAUUUGAAAAAUGUCAUCGGAUGAUAAGGCAACAAUUUGCUAAAUGCUUUUACUUUUCGAUGAUCAGUAAAACGAUUAUCCUUGUGUCCCCCUCCCCCAUUUCUGAUACGGCUAUGAAUUUCAAACGAAGACCUGUAUAAACAACUUUAUCAGGCCAUGAUCAUAAGACCAAUUUAUAUUAAGAUGUAUGAUAUCUGCAUAGUUAAACAUAUUUCUUAUGCAUAUCCCAAAUAUUCAUAUCGACGCGAUUCAGUCUGGGUUUGCAAUAAAUCAAACCUUGUGUGCAUAAGUAUUUAAUGCAUAUGUAUUGCUUAGAAUUACAUGGGAUGGACUCAAAUGCAUUUUAAAAUUUAAAUUCCUCAGUACUUAAGUUCAGCGUAAUAUCGUACUUUAUAUUUUUCCGAUAUGCUCAAGGGGAAUUUCGGUGUUAUAUAUAAAAUGCACACGUUAAGAUUCCUGAAAGCCCGAAUGAUGGACGCUUAGCGCGAGUAAAAUAUUAUUCACUAUCGUCUUUUUCCUCCUUUGUUAAUAAAUUUCGUGCAUUUCUGCGUUGCGUGAGCCUUUAUGGGGAUUUUGUUUGAUGUGCACCAAAUCCUGGAUAUGGAAAUGCUUUUUAGAGAUCGAUUCUUGAAAAAGGGAAAUUCAUAACGCAUCAGCUGGUGAUGGCAAUUUCUUCUCUCUCUCCCUCUCUCUCUCUCUCUGACUCCCUUUCAUUACUAUUCUCUCUCACUCUCUUUGACUCUCUGUCUUUACACUUCUCUCUCUGUUUCUCUCUAUCUUUACUAUCUCUUCUCUACCUUUCUAAUCUCUAAGCUGUGGCCCGUUCAUUUCUCGCCCAUGCAAUCUCAUAUAUUAGUGGUCAUGUGUCAUACCCGUGUUCAUGCUCGCACAUUGAUAUACAAUUCAAUUCAUGUAACUUUCAAACAAGAUAAUUAACAUACCAGCAUAAUAAUAAGAUAGUGUUUGUUCUUCUUCUGUCGAUUUUCGAAGAGAAUGCGUAUUUUGUAAUUUUCGAUGUCUUUAUUCUGUAAGGUCAUGUCCAGUAUGUGAACGAAUCGGUAAACAAAUAUAUAGAUAUCUUAAUCCCAUUCUGCGCAAAUGAAAAACGUUAACUAGACCUAUAGGUCUACAUGCCUAAGUAUUUAUUUCAGAGUUCGUUAUGCACUAAGAAUCAUUGUUAGAUGUUGGAGUCAAUUUCUUAUUUUUCCUCCUAUGUAAGGUCAUGUUUGGGAACGUUUUUUUUAUGCAAGAACAAACUCUCUUCUUUUACUCUAAGUAAUACGGAAUGAGCGUAAAACAAGCACAAUUAUUACUGUGCAACUAACCAUUGCAUCAUGUCACGUGAGCACUUAAAAGGGGUAGCUGUUUACCGUACUUGAUCGAGUUCAUUGACCCAUGUUUUUUUUCAUUAACCUUGUAUUAGUCAUACAAGCAGAUUAUUUUUGGAAUGUAUGAAAAUGUAAUCGAAUAAUUCGAGAAUCUAAAUCUGCAACAAUGAUGAAACAUAUACUGUAUAUUAAUUUAGCGAUAUAAGAGCGAUAGUUAAGAAACGAUUAGCAUGAUUGAGAAUAGCACCUAUGUAGUCUCUCUCAACGGUCCUCUCCUAUCGAAAUAUAUCCAUUGUUUAAGAAUAUGAUACAAUUGCUGUAAAAUUGUGUGUUAAUCUUCUCUUAAAUUUGGAAUUUAAGAAAUAAAUAUCUAAUGUGGUGAAAAACUUUUUUCAUGAGAUAUACUCAGGUUUGCCUGGAAAGUUGUUUUUCGUUAUAUUCUGAGUGGAGUUUAAGAAAAUGUUCUAGGAAUAUUGAAAUAUUCUAAGAAUAACCUUUGGAAGAAUGUGACAAACUGAUAUCAUUAAUUAUCCUGGCUCUUAUGCAUUUGAACAUGCCAACGGGAGUGACAAAAAUAACAUAUAUUAUUGUGCUUUGUAAAUUGACUUAACUAAGACCAUUCUAUUUUAUUAUGGUGUAUUAUGUAUUAGGAAAAAGAACAUAGAUCAGGAUAUUUUUGUGUAAUUGAUUACUGCAGACUUAAUAAUGUUUCUAACAGACUAGGUUUCAUUUAAUUAUGUUAACAAUAUCAAUAAAGAUGUCUACCAAGCACAUUGGCCUCCAAA